AUUUUAGCAUCCUCAAACUUGCCAACUGUGGAAAUGAACAACUUGGAAUUCCCGAAUGAGCACGUUCUUCCAACUGGCUAUAAUAUAACAGUCGUUUGUACAAGCAAUCAUCCAGCUAAAUCGGAUCAUAAAUCUUACUUACCCUACUGGAUACAGUAUUUUUUCAACGAUGUCUACAAGAGAGAAUCGAGUUGUGGUGGUGGCAAUAGUGACUCAGAUUACGAACUUUCAAAAGUGUGCAAAUACUUUAUUCAAAACGCCACCGAGGAUAACUCUGGGACUUAUACCUGCAUCUCAAGAAACAGUUAUGGCUGCACAAUGAAAGCGAUGGCGUUGAUGUUUAAAGGUAACAUUUCGCAUUAUUUGUUUCUUGUUAUACAUUAUAACAAAUGAAGUAGCUCACAUUUAGUUUGGUAUCUACAUGACAUUUCAUGUCGGGUAAAACUUACAUUGUAUAAUUUUUCGCUAAAAAAACCACGAAGAUGCAUCAAUUUGAAUUGACGGGUAAAUUGAAAACCGCUGAUAACAAUUUCAUAUCAUAUCGGUCUUGAAGGAAAGUUUGUAAUUCGACUUGUUUUCUUUAAUUUUAAAUUUUUAAAUUUCUUUUUUUUUUUUUGUUUCAUCAUAGAGCCAUCACCUCCGCUUUUUACUCAUCACCAGCCUCGUGAAGUCGACUUUCUAAAAUCUAGUAAAGCCAAACUCAGCUGUAAUGCAUCAGGUGUUCCCCUUCCCUCCAUCACCUGGUUCAAAGACGGUAAUAGCCUUUCCAGUUCUUCUGUGAUAGGGUCAAAAAGUUAUUCAAUAUUGAAUUUUGAAUCUGUACACCCUCAUGACCAAGGACAGUAUUGGUGCGAGGCAAACAACACAGAGGGGCAGAGCAGAUCAGCUCCUGUAAAUCUAACAGGUAUUGAAACAUUUCACUUUUUUGAAAGAGCUUAAUAAUCUUCAAAUAAUGAGGUGUUUUUAGAGGUAAUGAUCAUAUCCCGUAUGCAGGACAUCACACGUGUACGUAUGUACAUAAUUUUGCGUUUACCAACUUUCUUCUUAAAAUGGGGCAAUUACAAUAUUCCAUCUACCACAUGGGGUCCCUGAUGAUUCCAUGGACCGCCAAAUGCUUGGAAACAACCGGAUUUCUAUUUCUGAGGACUUACCUCCACUUUUUAUUCUAUCUCGAUAACUUCUUCUUCAAACAAUUUCUCGAAGUAUACCGAUCGUAAAAUAUUUGAAGUUUGUUUCUGUCUAUAUCUCAAAACUUUGCCAUAGUUUUUGCAAUUAUUAUUGAAAAUGGAUCUUGACCAAUGAGCGUGCGAGAAUUUCUACGGUUGUGGUUAAAGUAUUCUUAUGUCCCCCCCUCCCCCACCCCCACCCCCCAUCCAUCUCACUGGCAGUUGAAGUCAACUUUCUAUAGUCACCCCCAUUAAACUCUGUCGGUGGUAAAUGAUCCCCCUUCAUGCCACCUAAAAGAACUUGAUCCUCUGGUUGUCUAGACCGUUCAGUACAAUGUUUGUGUAACCGUUGAUGUUACUUUUAGUGGUGUGGAAGCCAGCGUUCUACAUUCAUCCCCAAGACACAACUGUAUAUCUUGACGAUGAUGCCACCACCGUGACGGUUAAUCUCUCGUGUGCAGCAAAUGGCUCCCCACUUCCAGUGAUCAGUUGGUUAAAAAACAACUCCAAAGUUGAUGAUGAUGCAGUGAUUCGAAGUCAAAACAUCUCCAUCCUCACUGUUGAAAUCAACGAGGGGACAGAAAAGCACUUUAGAUACCGUUGCGUUGCUAAAAACUCGUUGGGAAACACAUCUUCCCAGGAAGCCACACUGAUGAUCGCAAAACGCGAUGAGGAACGUUUACCAAUGGAGGGUAAGCUUACAGCUCAGAUUCACAAAUAAGAUAACGGACCAUAGCGCAAAGUAAUCAGAAAAGAUCAAACCUCCUCUGUUUUAGUUAUAGAGAAUGUUUUCCAAAUAUUUCCCUAAAGCUUCGGCUGGAAAAUCGGCUAGAAUUAAGUUAGAAUAUAUUUUUUUUUGCAAAGGCCAUAAUGCGAAUUAAGCCACACGAAUAUGCCAAAAUCAAUGCGAUCCAAAGCCUCGAGUUUGGAUGUUAUUUAUUAGUAGUAGACACUCGCUAAACGACUAAUAUACUGCUGGAAUAAUUUCGCAGUUAUCUUUGUCUGUUAUUCCUUUGUGAUUUCGCUUUGUUUCUCUUCUACUACAGUUGCAUCAACCCUAACAUAGGCUAAGGUCUUAAUUUUUGAAACUAGGUAUUGUGAAGGGAGAAAGCCCUUUCUACCUCCAACCCAGAAGCAUCAAGGCUAUUGCAGGAGACCACGUUAAUUUCGUGUGUGCCAUAGAGGGUAGUCCUGUCUCACAAAUCGUGUGGUUAAAGGAUGGUUCAGCAAAUGUGGACGGUAACACUGAUUACUACUCAGGAGAACAAAGUGCCACCUCUGUGCUCAAGAUCUACCCCGUAAGUGAAAGACAUGUUGGUCGUUAUUCAUGCGAAGCAACAAGAUUCGCGGGAACUGCAAUCUCGCGGGAGGCAGUACUCGUAAUAACAGGUAAGGAUGAA